UCAGCACUGAAAAAAAUGUAAGCUGGGCAGAGCAGCAGAAGAUUUGUCAGUCAGAUAUUUAUAUAUUUGCGAGCUUUUUGUUCCGGAUUUAAUAAAAAGAAAAUAAGCUGCAAACUGCAAAACAAACUCACUAACAUUUUAUUUUAAUGUGAGUUCUUUACUGCGAGUACUGGACAUUGAUGACCAAACAGGAACUAACAGCAGUGGCAGUAGAUUGAUGGGUUUUCCCCAAAACACAACGAUGGCUUUGAUCCACUCUGUGAUUCUCUUCCUCUUUAUGAACUUCAGACAUUGCCAGCUUCAAUGUGUCAAAGAAGCUCUAAAUGACAGAGAGUUUUCUAUCAACGUGACAACACACAUUCAAGUGGAAUCUGGUGACUGCAUUAGGAUCCCCUAUGAAAUCAAAAUGCCAGAAAACAAAGUGAAGGUGCCUCAUCAAAGGAUUUGGUUCAGAGGAGAUCAACAAAAUGCAGUUUCUUCGACAGCUGUUAGAAAUACAGAAGCAGUGACAGAAGACCUCCUCAUGCUAGGGGCUCUGCCACGUGGAGAGUAUGAGUACGGCAUCAAACUGGAAUGGGACUGUAAUCAGACGUACAUUUUCCCAACACGGGUUCGUGUCUCUGUUUCUGCUUUGACCCGAAAACCAGACUUGUUGGUUCCUAUUAUCGAGGAAGGACAGCCUGCGACACUGAGCUGUUUUGCUCCUCGUUUAUGUUAUGCCAACGCAAUAACCAACUGGAAGCUGACAGGGACCGGUGGAACAAAUCUACCAAUGCGUCCAAAAUAUUUUGAUUGGAAUGAUAGAGGGUCACUUACACUCAGACCCAAAGCCUAUCACCACAACCUCAACAUCACAUGUGUGGCAGAGUAUGAAAACAACAUUGUUGCUGAGAAAACUGUCACCUUAAAUGUGAAAUUUACUCCUAGAAUUUUGGGUGCUUCCCAGUGCACGGUCAAAGGAAAGCAACUAGUCUGUGAGUGCAUCAGCUGGGGGAAUCCCAUGUCACCCAUCACCUGGCCUUUGGCGGCCUCUCUCACAGACUUCUCUGUUAGCAGUUACAGCACUGCCAAAACAGUGAACAGCAUCAUCACCAUACCUGCUGCUGACUACAACAGCACCAAGGUCCAAUGCAUCAGCAGCAAUGAACUGGGUCAAGUGGCGAUUGGAAUUCCAAUUCAAAACACAGGGAACUUGAAUUCUAAUCAGAGGCAGACAUCUACUUCAAUCCUUCUCUGGAUAACAGCUGUGUCUGCAUGUCUGAACCUGGUCUUCAUCACCAGCCUCGGCAUUUGCAUAUGGGGCAAAAGGUCACAAAAGAAAGUCGGUGAAGAGAUGAAAACCUACGCUUCCCUGAACAGGGAUCAAGUUGAACCAGAGUACAGUGUUAUUCCUCCUCGACUCACAUAAAAAGAACUCUAUCGUACAUGUGUUAGCCUUUUGCUUACUAGGCAUUGUUUAGGUUUUACAGAACAACUGGGUAAGAAAAUUUUUGUUUUUUAAUAUACACAUUGAUGUAAUUAGUAUUUAAGUGUAAUUGUAUGUAACAUACAUAGCCUAUAUAUAUUUUUUUUCUGAUAGUAGCAACCAUAUCAUAUCACACACAUAUUUUGGUUGAAGCACUUUAAGCUGUAAAUGAAAUCAGACCCUGGAGACUAAACACUUAAGGGUUAGACACAGUUGUGUGUCUUUUUAGUAAAUAUUGUAUAUGUCCACUCAGUGCUUAAUUUCACACCCGGAAUUACUUGUAUUCUGCUUCUCGCCUUUCUUACAAUAAAUUACUAC